AUGUCCACCAUGAUUAUUUGUGUUAUCAGAUUCUCUUCUGUUAAAGAGUGGAAAGGUGCUUACUCCAUAUCUAGCGGUCUCCCUGAUGAUUCACUUGCUCUUACAAAGAACGAUAGUAGCCAAUGGUCUGUUGGUACUGCUACAUCUAUUUGUGCCAGGUUUUUUGUUCUUAAUGAGAGGCUAACCAUAAGAGAGAUCAUUGAUAGUACUCUGGUUGGCACUUUUGUCACUCUGGAGUCUAUUGAAACAAUUGAUACUGAACGUGGCUGGUUCAAAUUAAUUGCUCAUGUUAAGGACGACAGCGGUGAGGCUAAUUUUCUUUUGUUUGAUGCUAAUACUCAACAAAUUGUGCGUCAUUCUGCCGCUGAACUCUAUGACGAGAAUGAAGAUGAAGACUUCUUACCAGAAGCAGUUAGCGAUCUCUUUGGUAAGAGAGUCCUUUUUGAGAUUUCAGUUGAUGUUGAUAACAUCAAAAGAAAGAGCUCUCAGUAUGUUGUUCGAUUGGCUACUGAUGACCGUGAAAUGGUUGAGGAAUUUGCUGAUUUGCCUCCUAAACCGGUCCUAAUGUUGGAGUCCGCAGAUGAUAUUUCCUCUGGUUCUGGUGGUUUUACAGCAACUCCUUUGUCCAAAAGAAAAAGCGAAUAA